CUUUUACGCCAAUGAAACCAUACCAGGAAGUACUGCAGAUGAAUGUCGCGUGCAACAAUAUCAAGUCGGCGAUAAGUUAAUAUAGUAUUUUUAAAUUAUCUAGCUUGUCAGACGUAUUCGUUGCAACUCUAACUAUUAGUAUUUGACAAGCUUUGUUUGCUAGCAUGGUGUACUUUAUAGUUUGACCUCCAGCGCCACGUUUGACAUUGUAUAUUAAAAUUAUCACAAGAUGCAAUAAGUAUUACUAUUAUUACCGUUACCUUAGAAAAACUGACAAUUUUACUGAACCAACUUUAUAUUGUGAUACAUAACUAUAUAUAUAUCCAACAUUUGAAAAUGAAGAAUGUGGAAGAAACAUGUUGUGUUGUCACCGUGUCCGAGAAACGACUCGACCUCACACCUGGAUCUCAAAAUAAAGAAACGAGCUGUAGCGGAGUGUUUCUGAAUUACCAGGCUGGGAUUGUAGUCUGCAGUGGGAUUUUGUUCUCACGCUUUAUCAAUGACAGACAGUCCACGAAGAAAGACGCGAAAGUACUGCAUGCUGAAAGUUUCUCAGAAGAGAUAAAAGUGCAUGUAGAUUACGUUCACCAUUGCGCUAACCAAUCGUGCGUAACGGACAGACGCGAUACGAGCCGUCAAGAGGCUCGGCUGUUAAUGAUGAUCAAUUGUGUGGAGUUUCAGGAUGCUUUUCGCAAGAUCUUCAAAGGGGCUGAUAACUGGGGCUUUUACAGUGGCACAUUUGAUACAGAAGUUCUAGAAGACUCCGUGUGUUUAAAUUGGUUCGCGCUUUUAAAAGUGCCCACUUCAUCCUUGUGCACCUGUAAGCAAACCGUUCCGUGGGUGAAGAGUGGCAGUCUUAAAAAGGGAUGUCGUGUUAUCGCGUGUGGGUCUCCAUUCGGCGGUCUCUGUCCAGAUCUCUUCAUGAACACGGUUAGUAAAGGAAUAGUUAGUAAUCUGGCAGGAGAUGAGAAUGCCCUGAUCCUGACCGAUGCCCGCUGUUUGCCUGGCACCGAAGGAGGCGGUGUGUUUGUUGGCAGAGGAGGCAGAUCUUACCUCGUGGGUUUGAUCGUUUCACCGCUGUGCUGGAAAUCGGACGAAUGGAUAGGGCUGACCCUCGUGUGCUCGGUUCACCUGAUUCUGAAAAACAUGCCACAGGCUGGUGCCAUCCACAAGUCGCUGAUAGAAAAGUCACCUCAGCUGAUCACUGGCUCUCUUCAAGCUCCAUUAACUGCAAACCGAAAGCCAGGCUCCGAGUUUUACCCUGGAGUGGUUCUGAUCGAGAGUGGCCAGCUAUGGGGUUCUGGUGUGCUGCUAAACCAGAAUCUGGUUCUGACCUGCAGGCAUGUGGUGAAUGAAAAGUCUGUGCUUACAGUAAGAGUCAACUUUGGGGAAAGAUUUCAUGCAGUAUGCGGUAAGGUGCUGUAUUCAUCAGCACAAUCAUCUCCCUAUGAUAUCGCUGUGGUGGAGCUUCAGGAGCCCCUCGCAGACUCAGUAAAAACACAGUUUACCACCUCCUUUCACCCGGGUGAGGAUGUGCUUGUCGUGGGUUAUGGAGCUUUAGGGAGCAGCUGUGGCCCUUCACUGACCUCAGGGAUCUUAUCCAGAGUUAUUACUCAUCAUUCACAGCCUGUUAUGCUGCAGACUACUUGUGCGGUGCAAUCAGGAGCAAGUGGUGGUGCUGUGGUUCGCUCUGCCACUGGGGAAUUGCUAGGUAUCGUGUCCAGUAACACGAGAGACUUUGCAGCAAAAGUGACGUAUCCCCACCUGAACUUCAGCAUCCCGGUGACUGUUCUGGAGCCCCUGCUGAGACGUUUUGCUCAAACGAGAGACGCUGCUGUGUUUAAGCUCUUAGACAGUGCAGAGGACGAUAUCAGGAAGAUAUGGAGACUACAAAGCCUUCAGAGCAAGCUUUAAUCAGUCGCCAAAUUUUCAGCCUUUUAAUUUGACUAUUUAAGAUUACACAAAAUCCUGCUUAAAUUUCUACAGUCCUUAAACUGUUUUUAUUUUUUUUUUUCAACAUUAUGAAUGGUCAAAACAAAACAUUGUUCUUUUCAACACUAUGUAUCAUGUCAUGAAUCUACAUUGCAACAAUUUAGGAUAAAAUACAUUUUUAAGCAUAACUAAAUACAACCAAUGGAAUAAAAAAAAACUGUUUUCAGUCCUGGUUUCUAAUUCGAACUUUAGAUCGUUUGCUGCACUGUAUCACUAAUAUAUGAAUGUGUUCCAACACUAAAACAAUGCAGUGUUACAGCAGAGCUUCAUCAUACGCUUUUCUGUUAAAAAAAAAAAGAAACCGACGUUGAAAACCUAAAAUGGAUAGAAACCAAGACUGAAAACUGUAUCCUAACUAUUUCAGAUUGAUGCCAAGCAAGCUACACUGGAUAAUAUAAUAUAAUGCUAAAAUAUGAAAUAACAUGCCAAUAAUAUAUCAAUGCAGUAUUAUAGUAGAGUAUAAUAACACAUUUUUCCUUCUUCAUGUUAAAUGUGGUGUAAUUCUCUUAAUGACAAUAUAUUUGAAAGAUGUGUUUACAUCAUGCCUUCUAAUAAAAAGUUAAAACAUGUCUUCGUUUUUGAA